GUCACGAACCUGCCAACUUGAGCGAGUAGAAACUCGAAGCAGAGCUUCGCGCGAAUACUGAAUAGUAGUAUCAUUUCGCGUAGCUAUGAAUCCCGUUUGGUGAUGAGAGAAAAUGGCACCAUUGAAAUCUCUCGAAAAAGAGUAUCCACUCAUUGACUCUAAUUUUCAAAGCUUCUGCUCCUCCCACGGCAUUUUCUCUGUUGAAGAUUUCCUUCUGCAUGAUCUCGACGCCUUAAUUGCUUUUGCGGAUAAUCACCCUACUUCACAGACACUGAAGCAGGGAAUUGACCAGCUUCUCUCGACAAUAGAUGCUCUUCAGCCACCAUUGCUAAACGGUUUACAGCUCUUGGAAGAUGCUCAGCGGAAUAAACAUGUUUUGCUCACUGGAUGUGAAAGGAUUGAUGCAUUGCUUGGAGGUGGAUUACGUGAAGGACAAUUAACUGAACUUGUUGGGCCAUCCUCGUCUGGAAAGACACAGGCAUGCCUACUGUCUGCCUCAACUGUUGCAAAGCAUAAUAGUUCAGUUAUAUACUUAGAUACAGGCAACUCCUUUUCACCUCAGCGUAUUGCAAGUUUUGUUGGUCAGUCUUCUGGUCAUGUUUUUGACAAUCAGGUUGAUCAUAUACUCAAAAAAGUAUUGGACAGGAUAAUUUGCUACUCAGUGUUUGAUGUCUAUCAGAUGUUUGAUGUGCUGCAUCAACUGAAGAGUAAUUUAAGAUCUGAGAUUGUGAAAUCAAAUCAACAUGUUCGAUUGCUUAUUGUUGAUUCAAUCUCCUCACUGAUUACCCCCAUCCUUGGGGGCAGUGGUCCUCAGGGACAUGCUUUAAUGAUAUCUGCUGGGUUUUUACUGAAGAAGUUAGCGCAUGAGAAUAAUAUUGCAGUGUUGGUAACGAAUCAUGUGGUGGGUGGAGAAGAUGGUAUUUCCAAACCAGCACUCGGAGAGAGUUGGAAGAGUGUCCCACAUGUACGGCUUUUGUUUUCUCGUGAUUUUGGAAGCAAUGUCUGCCAUAUUUCAGUGCUAAAACAUCCAUCUAUGGCUUCUGCUAGGGCUGCAAGUUCUACUUUGUAUUUAUGACUGUUAUGACGGUGGAUUUCGAGCUAGAUAUCCUUCGACCUUUAUUAUAACUCUGAUCCCACCGUGACAUUUUUUUGGUACAGAUCACCGUGACAUUUCAAGAUAAGUUGAAAUAUAUAAAGCAUUAUUAUUUUUCUUCGACUGUUUGCAUUAGCGGAUCUUACGAGUCCUGUAUACUGGUUUUGCAUUUAGUAUUUUGAUAAGUUAUUUUUAAAUUAACCCAAAUGUGGUUAAUUAAACACCCUAAGCUAAGGUUUUGACUCAAGAUUUUGCUGUGCCAGUUUGAUCCGGGUAUUAUCUAUCGACUUUGUAUUGAGUAGGGCGUUCGAGCAUGAGUAUGUAAUUGUAAUUGAAUUUUUAUUUUGAUUUAGGAAUGGAAAUAUUUAAUGUUUCUUGUAGCCUACAUUUAUAA